AAACGGUGAAAUGGGUCUGUUAUUUAGGUUUGCAGCGGCAACUGAGCUUUGAAACUCUUCACACUUUGAGACUUUGCGGUGGCCGUCGCGGUUGAAACGAGGCUGAGGUAGGAAGCAAUUCUCUGUUGCAGCCAUGGCGGCUUGGCAGAGGCAUCUGCAAUCAGCUAUCCGUCAAAUUGGAAAAAGGGUUGAAUGUAGUUACAACCCUCUAGCCAAUUUCUCUUCUUCUUCCUCUUCUCGUUUAGAGGGUCUCUUGCCUUAUUUCCAAACUCUUUGCAAACCAUCUUCUCCAACCAUUUCAAGGCCCCUUCAUCAAUAUUUUCAGCAGUUGGGAAUUUCGAGUUCAAAGAACUUGAGAGCAGAGGAAACACCUCUUCCAUCUCCAUUGACUCCUGUUUUGGCAUCAAAUACUGCAACGAAUGAGGAGCACAAGCAGAAAUCACUCACUAAACCUGCUAAAGUUCAAGCUAUCUUAAAGGGAAUAAAGCAGGUAUUGAAUUGCACUCUUAUUGUGUCGUUUUAAGACUUUGUAAUGGAU